UACUGCGCAUGCGCAGAACUUUUCACGUGGAGAGAUAAUUUUCCUCAGUGUGUCACAUCAAGAACCGGGUUGCAGCAGCUCCACGUCGACUCUCUGACUCCUAACACAACCAGACAUGGCCUUCAGGAAAUUCCUCCCCUUGUUCGACCGGGUGCUGGUGGAGCGCUUUACCGCAGAGACAGUAUCGAAGGGGGGCAUCAUGCUGCCUGAGAAGUCCCAAGGCAAAGUGCUGCAGGCCACAGUGGUGGCAGUAGGACCCGGCAAUGUCAACCCGGAUUUCUACAACUGGCAGGAUGAGUCAUUUGAGGAGAUGGACAGCACCCUGGCUGUACAACAGUACAUUCAGCAGAACAUUAGAUCAGAUUGCUCCAAUAUCGACAAAAUCCUGGAGCCUCCGGAGGGUCAGGAUGAAGGCGUGUGGAAGUAUGAACACCUCAGGCAGUUCUGCCUGGAGCUCAAUGGACUAGCUGUAAAACUUCAGAGUGAGUGCCAUCCAGACACCUGCACUCAGAUGACAGCCACAGAGCAGUGGAUCUUUUUAUGUGCUGCCCACAAGACACCCAAAGAGUGCCCUGCCAUUGAUUACACCAGGCACACGCUGGACGGAGCUGCCUGUCUUCUCAAUAGCAACAAAUACUUCCCCAGCAGGGUGAGCAUCAAGGAGUCAUCAGUGGCCAAGCUGGGCUCCGUCUGUCGUCGCAUCUAUAGGAUAUUCUCUCAUGCCUACUUCCAUCACCGCCAGAUAUUUGACAAGUAUGAGAAUGAAACGUUCCUGUGUCACCGGUUCACACGCUUCGUAAUGAAAUACAACCUGAUGUCCAAGGACAACCUGAUCGUGCCCAUUCUGGAGGAGGAAGUGCAGAACACCUCAUCAGCCGGGGAGAGCGAGGCCUAAAGAUACGAGCUGCUGCUGCUGCUGCUGCCGCUGCUGCCACAAAGGGAGACACAUGUAAAACACACACACACACACUUUGACACAUGACAGAGGAGACACAUUCACACACACCUUUCAUAUACAGCACACACACAAAUCUAUAUAUAUAUAUAUAAAUAUAUAUAUAUAUAUAUAUAUAUACACACUACAGUGUAUUGAGGCUCGUGUCUAGUAACACUGUCCAUGUCCCUCCACCCUUUGUCACCUGUGUCUAUCUCAAAGGAAGUUAAGGGGUAAAGAAUAGCGGGAGCAGAGUUCAGCCAUGCCUGCAGGACAAGAUGUUUGUUUUUUUUUCUAUCCUAUUUACACUCUGUUUUAUUCAGAUGCACACUGUGUCUCUGGAUGCAGCCCCUGCUCUCACACUACUCCUGUAAGGGAGACCCCUUUCUUUCCCCCUUAUUUUUUAAAAAUCUUUUUAGCAGCUGGAUUUGCAAAAAUGUAAUCAUGGUGACCUGUAUUGUUGACAAAGGCACACAUUGACAGCGUCCUCCCCCCCCUCUCCCUCUUCUCCCCUCUGUACAUAUACCCCCCUCACCCCCACCCCCACCUCUCUUAAUUCACCAUCAUGUUUUCUGAUGGUGCUUCACUUCUUUUGUGUCUGCUUCUGUUCUCUCUAUUUGCUCUUGUUGCCUACCAGCCUCUUUUUUUUUUUUUUUUUUUUUUCUCUCGGGGGGGUUGUUCCAUGAAAUGGAUCACUAAAAAUUAGCCUGCUGACUUUAAUAACGCUGUUUAAACACAAAUGUAGGUGUGUGUGUGGCUUGUGUGGUAGUGAACAAAGACAAACGUAAGCUCUAGCUUUGUAAGUGUACUAGCAGUCAGAUACUCUUCUGCCUCUGAAAUGGUGUUUCAGAGUAUUUUAGGAAGGCUUGUCGGCUAACUCUGAUCCUGCGUUGUGGCAUGCCCCCGUUUUUAAUACUGUGUACAAUGGACCUGACAUUCCCACCUCCUCCUUGACUUUAUAGAAACCAUGACUUUAUGGGACUGUGCUGCUGUAAGCCAGUUUUUAAAAACACAUUUUGACGAGUAAAUACAAGGGAAGGAUGAAAUGUCGGCUACAUUUACGUUAUUGGAGCACAACCUUUCUUUUACCCUCUCCCCUCAUUAAGUUAUUUUGUGGGAGGAGUCUUGUCAAUCCAAACCCACUUCUUUUUUUUAAAUGGACUAAAAAAUUUUGUUACUGUUGACAUUUUCAUGAUGUCUGUUAAUAAAAAAGACCUAUUAUACA